AUGUCAGCAUGCAUGCGACCGAGCCCGCCGGGCAACGUCCUGCAUAGCCUGUCGUCCCUGUCCCGCGUUUCUGUCCAGGCCUCGAGCAGACGAAGAUACGCCCUUCACUCCGCCGGCGCGCCGCGAUUUCAAGUCUUUAACCGACGGACGAAAUGGCUCCAAAAGGAACGGGCUGCCUCGAGGCCCCGAGAAAGCCGCCAGGCAGACUACCUCAAGGACGAGGUUGCCGUCCGCGUCUCCGAGCGACUCCUUGACAUCAACCGGCAUUUUCCCAGGGUCCUAGACCUAGGCGCCAACUCGUGCAACCUAGCCCGAGCCCUCGUCCGCGAGAACCCCGACCCGGACCCGUCGAUGCCCUCAUCGCCGCCUCUGUCGGCGCGCAUAUCCGAACUAGUCGCCGCCGACUCCUCCGAAACGCUCCUGUACCGCGACUCGGAGCACGAGUUCAACGGGAAGCUCAAGAUAACGCGCCAGGUGCUCCGGGACGAGGAGAGCAUCCCCUUUGGCCCGGGCUCGUUCGACCUGGUCCUGAGCUCGCUGAGCUUGCACUGGAUCAACGACCUCCCCGGCGUCUUGUCCCAGAUCAACCACGUCCUCAAGCCAGACGCCCCCUUCAUCGGCGCCAUGCUCGGCGGAGACACGCUGUUUGAGCUCCGGACGUCGCUGCAGCUCGCCGAUCUAGAACGAAGGGGCGGGCUCUCUCCCCGCGUGUCGCCGCUCGCAGACGUGCGCGACGUGGGCGGCUUGCUGCAAAAGGCCGGCUUCAAAAUGCUGACCGUCGACGUGGAUGACAUCGUCGUCGACUACCCCGACACCUUUGCGCUGAUGCGAGAUCUCCAGGCCAUGGGGGAGAACAACGCCAUAUUGGGCAGGGAGAUGGGCCCCAUCCGGAGAGACGUCCUCCUCGCCAACGAAGCUAUCUACAGGGAGCUGCACGGGAACCCUGACGGCUCCAUCCCGGCGACUUUCAGGGUCAUAUACAUGAUCGGUUGGAAGGAGGGCGAGCAUCAGCCGCAGCCGUUGGCUCGCGGCAGUGGCCAGGUGAACCUGAAGGAUGUCCUGGAGAAGAGGUAG